UCCAUUGCGUCUGUCUUUCUCGUUUCUUUAAUUGUUAUUAUUGAAAUUCUGGUAUAUUAAUGUACAAGCAUUACUAAUCAUGUAGAAGAUUAGUCUAUUCAUUAUCUCGCAAUCAAUAAUUUGAGAUUGCGUUUAUAUAUCCACGACAAGCUGUAUAUUUCGUCAUCGUAUUCUCAAGACGAUAAUUUAAUUAUGAUUUUUUCGCUUAUUUACUUAAGAAAUUGAGGCAAUUGAUCCAGCUAGAGCUAUACACAAAGAUUUCGAGAUUAUGGGAAAUGAAAAUGUGUUUAGUUUCAAUUAUUGGUAUCGCAGAAAUCAUGAAAUUUGUAUUGACUUAAACUCGGAGUUAUAUUGAGGUGUUGAGUGUCAGAAUGGAGUCUGUUUGGAUUAAGCCCGAGCCAUCAUGGGAGGGUUAUGAGCCCACACCGGAGUCAGGGCCCGUCUCCGAAACACAGCCUUUGGAAGAAGCACAACCUCCAAAAGAAGACCAGGGCUCACAGGAAAAGGUGGUGGUGAAACAGGAACCUCCAGACGAAUCUGUUGAGCAUGGAGUGAAGACACAGUCUCCCAUACCAGAGGGCACCCAGGAACUUCCAAUAGUUGUGAAACAGGAGCCUCCUGAUAAUGUUGUGGAAAUUACUCUAGAGGUGGACAUUAAGAGAGAGACGGAAGAUGAGUCCGAUGCGGGUGCGAGCGAGAGCGUCGGAGCCACGCAGAUCGAAGUCGAAGUGCAAAUACCUAAAACAAAAGGACCCUCUCGACCAGCCCGGUCCACCGCAGACCUCACCAAAAAGAACCGAGAAGCGACCGAAGUUUCAUGCGACAUUUGUUUCAAAACUUUCAAGCAAGCGAGCAAGCUAAAAGAUCACAUAAGAAUACACACCGGUGAAAAGCCCUAUGACUGCGCCAUAUGCGAAAAACGGUUCAGACAACUGAGCCACUUGCGAAGACAUUCCCGAGUACACACCGGGGAAAGACCUCACGCGUGUAAUGUUUGCAAACAAGAGUUCACAGAAUUAGCCAAUUUAAGAACGCAUCAAAGAAUACACACGGGUGAAAAGCCUUAUGCUUGCAAACAGUGUAACAAAGAAUUUGCCGGAUUGAGCUGUUUAAAACGCCAUGAAAGGACGCAUACAGGCGAACGGCCGUAUUCUUGCAAGAAUUGCGGCAAAGAUUUCACACAAUCCAGCACGUUGAGGCUCCAUAUAAGGAAACACACAGGGGAGAAACCUUACCAAUGUACGACGUGUCUAAAACAUUUCAGCGGUAUGGACAAUUUGAGAAAACACGAAAGAAUCCAUUUAGGUUUAAAACUAUUCUCAUGCGACUUGUGUGAAAAAACUUUUACCGGUUUGAGUACUUUAAAGAGGCAUAAACGCAUACACACUGGUGAAAAGCCUUAUGUAUGUGAAUUUUGUAAAAAAGAAUUCGCAGGAUUAGAUAGUCUGGUAAGACAUGUUCGUAUACACACAGGGGAGCUCCCAUAUGCAUGUGAAAUGUGUCAAAGAAGGUUUAGGCAGUUGAGUAAUUUGAAGAAACAUGUUAAAACGCAUUUGGAGCAAAAGUUUUAUCAUUGUGGGAUGUGUAAGAAGAAGUUUAGAGAGUUGUCCACUUUGGAAACACAUGAAAGGAAAUAUCACAGUGGGGAAGGUAGCACAGUUUCGGGAGGGGAUAUGGUAAAAUUAGAGAAUCCCACGUGAUAAAAAAAAAUUUAUUGUUACACAUUACACAGUAAUAAAUUAAAUGGUUUCUCUGGCGGAUCCCAAACUAGGCUGAGCCUGUAUCUUGGGACCCUGGAGUGCAGUACGUCUUUAUACAAUGUAGAGUUAACAGUGAGAUAAUAAACAGAUAUUGCAGUGAACAACUUAGCUAGUUAAUAGAUUGUGUAAGUAGUUUUAUAUGAGCAAUUGCCGGCAACUUUGUACAUAGCCACGUGAGCAAAUUUUAAUUGAUCCUAUUUUGUUACCAACAUUUAGUAAUAUAAGUUGAC